AUCGAGUUCAUCGACCUUAUGUGUCACGACGCGAGCGAGGCGUCGAUCGAUCGUUCCCCGAGUGACGAUUUUUCUCCAGUGCCGAUUGUCCGAUCGAUUCUAGCCUUCUUGGCCGUUUUGGUAUUCGAAAGCAUUCGAAGGUAGGAGGAAAUCCAUCUGCUUCGUGACAGAUGGAGACGAAGACGGAACCGCUGACGCCACCGCAAACGCCUCCGAUCGUCGACAGACCGAUGCAGCAUCAGCAUCAUCAGCAACAGCAGCAGCAACAGCAGCAACAGCAGCAGCAGCAACAGCAGCAGCAGCAGCAACAACAACAUAUACCCUUUUCAAGGUGGACCAGGUCUCAGCAUUUCGCUACCGGUAGAUAUCUCCAGCACCAGCAACAUGUCCAGGCGACGCAUCAGAAUGUCGGCGGCUACCAGGCCGCUUUCCUAGACAAUUGGCUCAGGGGUGCGGCUCUGUUGGCCGUUCGGGGUUGCUGUCCUCAGACACGUCCGCACCUCUAUUAUCAUCAGACACAUCAAAGUCUGAUUCCGGUGCCGCCACCUCCGCCGUCGUUCCUCGCGCGAAGAUCACCGGGUCAAAGACCCAAGAAACAGUUCAUCUGCAAGUUUUGCAAUCGACAGUUCACCAAGAGCUAUAACCUGCUGAUCCACGAGAGGACGCACACCGACGAGCGACCCUACUCGUGCGACAUAUGCGGGAAGGCCUUUCGCAGGCAGGAUCAUCUGAGGGAUCACCGAUAUAUACACAGCAAGGAAAAGCCGUUCAAGUGCAACGAAUGCGGCAAAGGAUUCUGCCAGAGCAGGACUCUGGCGGUGCACAAGAUACUGCACAUGGAGGAAUCGCCGCACAAAUGUUCCAUCUGCGGCCGCAGCUUCAAUCAAAGGAGUAAUCUGAAGACGCAUCUUCUGACGCACUCGGAGGUCCCGCAGGAUCUUAGGGUCGAGGCGUCCGUGUCCUCGGACUCGAGAAUCAUUUCCACAGAGGUCAGACAGAUGACGGAAAGGAUGAGUAGCCUUCUGCCGAUACAAAGAAGCAGUACAAUCGCGCCAAAGCUCGGUUUCAGUAUAGAAGACAUCAUGAGACGUUAAGGCAUCAAUUUUGUCCCGAAUUGUGAUUUACAUGCUCCCUCGACGCAGGGUCUUUCCUUUUCGUGCGAUGGAGUUUCUCGUUCGAAAUGAUUUCUACAAAUUGAGGCUAAAAUUAGCUUUAUCCAUUGUACCUUAAUCCUUUGCGCUCCCGUAGUGCCAAUCAGACUUGCUUUAAGAAUUUUAGUA